UAGACCAGCCGUCCUUGGAAUACCUGCUUCUCAAGUUGUAGUGAAAUUAUGUUCAUUUUGUUGCACACUUGAUGUCGAUUUGUACGUAAACUGAUAUACCAUGAUCUCUGAAACUUUCGCAGAUAAGUGCGUAUCGCUGGAUCUUGUUAUCUCACAGGAAAAUAAAGGCGAGGUAACCGAGGAAGGAAUCUCUCGUGUUGAAUCCAAAGAGAUUGAUAACACACGGAUGGAUGAGUCUCAUGAAAAGAUAAUACAUGUUACGGAAGAUAUUCUACUCGAAAGUAGCUCCAUGGGCCAUCUAUCCUCUGACUCGGAAGAAAUUGAUGCCGCAGCAGGAGGCUCCCUUCUUCAUAGUGAUUCAGUGGACAAUAUAGCCAAUGUUGCAGUAGCAUCCACUAAGUACCUAGGUGUCGGAGUAGUCCAUAACUUCAAUUUUGACCGAAUUUGCCCUAAUUAUGAAUGCAUUGGCGGUUUCACAGGUAUCGUUCCUUAGAAGAGAAGGUAUCCAUGCUACUGCCGACGGUCCAAGAAAUGAUGUUCACUCCUUGCCAAGAUAUCUCUGAUGUAGUGCUCCAGGAUUGGGAUGCAGCUUUGGAUGAGGCUAAGGCGGCUAGGCUGGAUGUCGGAUGGUUGCGUGACUUUCUUGCAGGCGCACAAAAGAAACUUAGUCUGGCAGGUACCUUUUCUGGUCGGGAGGCGGUCGAGAAAGAAAAAGCUGAUAGUGAGAGGUUGACUCAGGAAUUAAAGCUUGCCACUGAAAACCUCGAAAAGUUGGAGAGAGCAUACGCCGAUGGUGCUGAGCCGACCUUCAAAAAUUUCUUCUAUGAAUAGUUUUCUUUAUCGUGGGUCUUUCUGAGAUACCACUUUUGGUUUUAUUUGUCUAGGUUUUGAACGAAUAUAUAUUUGGAAAGGAUUUUUAUGAUGAAAUGAAAUAAGAUUCUUUUGAUUAAGUAAAGUUUAAAUUCUAAUCAUGAGUGCAAAAUAUUGUAUAUAUUUUGGAGGAAAUACAAAUAUUACUGAAAAUAGGGAAAUCGAGACAAGAGUGGUAAAAAUGCUUUAAGCUGU